UAGAAAGUUUUAAACCGGCGAGAAGCCACUGACGAAGACGAAAGAAGGCGACGCCGGCGACGACGAAGAGGGAGACGACGAAGAAUAGCUGCACGCGCGCGCGCGUCUCUCCCCGCUUGGGCACGCGAACCCUAGCCCUAGCUCGCAGCCGCCCGGUGGCCGGAGGAGUGUGACACUGAGGAGGGAAGGGGUGGGGUGUCUCGAGGAGGCGGGAGUGGAAUGGCGGCGCCGGGGAGGGGAGGGGCGGCCCGGGUCGCCGCCGCCUGCCUCGUCCUGCUGCAUCUCGCGGCAGCGAUUGCCGGGAAGAGCUACUACGACGUGCUGCAGGUGCCCAAGGGCGCAUCGGAGGAUCAGAUCAAGAGGUCGUACCGCAAGCUCGCCCUCAAGUACCACCCCGACAAGAACCCCAACAACGAGGAGGCCAACAAGCGCUUCGCGGAGAUCAACAACGCGUACGAGGUGCUGACGGACCAGGAGAAGAGGAAAAUCUAUGACCGGUAUGGCGAGGAGGGGCUGAAGCAGUUUCAAGGCGGGAGAGGUGGUGGCGGGGGGAUGAACAUUCAGGACAUAUUUAGCAGCUUUUUUGGUGGUGGUGGUGGGAUGGAAGAGGAGGAAGAACAGAUCCUAAAAGGCGAUGAGGUGAUUGUUGAACUGGAUGCUUCACUAGAGGACUUGUACAUGGGUGGUUCAUUAAAGGUUUGGAGAGAGAAAAAUGUCAUAAAGCCAGCACCAGGAAAGAGGCAAUGCAACUGUAGGAAUGAAGUUUACCAUCGACAAAUUGGUCCAGGAAUGUAUCAACAGAUGACUGAGCAGGUCUGCGACCAAUGUCCAAAUGUGAAGUACGUACGAGAAGGUGAUUUUUUGACUGUUGAUAUCGAGAAGGGAAUGCAAGAUGGACAGGAGGUUCUAUUUUUUGAGGAAGGCGAGCCUAAGAUUGAUGGGGAACCUGGUGAUUUGAAGUUUAGGAUUCGAACAGCGCCACACGAACGCUUCAGAAGAGAAGGCAAUGACCUGCAUACAACUGUUACAAUCUCCCUGCUGCAAGCUCUGGUUGGCUUCGAGAAGACCAUCAAGCAUCUUGACAACCAUCUGGUGGAAAUUGGCACCAAGGGUGUCACUAAACCAAAGGAGAUCAGGAAGUUCAAAGGUGAAGGCAUGCCGUUGUACCAAAGCAACAAGAAGGGCGACCUGUACGUAUCAUUUGAGGUGUUGUUCCCGAAAACCCUAACCGACAACCAGAAGGCCAAGCUGAAGGAUGUUCUUGCGUAACUGCUGUCAUUUUUUUUCCACUCCUGUGCUGUUGCUAGUUGUCUGAGGCAGGCACCUCGAGGAAAUUUUCCAACUAGCUUGCAUGGAUAGAAGCACCGGUUGCAUUCUGUGUGAUUUUGCUUUGCUAAUACAAGCAGCUCACUUUAUUAUUUCCUUGUUUUUGUCAUCACCUUAACAGCUCAGAGUAGUUGUAGAAAGUGUAACGAAGUUUCUCAGAAUAUUUGUACUGUUAGAACUUUGAAUAUAUUGAUUACAGAGUUUUAGUA